AUGACCGAACCAACGGAGCAGGCACACAAAGAUGAUAUUAUAUCAGACUGGGUUGAUGACCCUGACAAUGCAAAGAAUUGGUCGACCGGCAAAAAGCUUUACAACACCGCGGUGCCUGCUUUACUAUGUUUUUUGAUAUCAUUCGGAUUGGCAAUUUAUUCACCAUCCCAUGAGAGCGUCCAAGAAGAUUUCCACACCAGUACCACUCUCGCCCUCCUCCCCUUCACGCUAUACGUGUACGGUCUCGCAUUUGGUCCGACAGUUUCAGCACCACUGAGUGAAACAUUUGGUCGAAGAUUCAUUUAUGUCUUUGUGACCCCGGUCGCGUUGAUAUUUAUUCUGGGCUCCGGUUUUGCGAAGCACCUCGCGGCUCUUGCCAUCUGCCGGCUAUUGGCUGGCAUCACAAUCUCCGCGCCGCUGGCUGUUGGUGCAGGGACAAUUAUGGAUAUGUGGACAGGAGUAAACACCAAUCGCGGUGUGAUCUUGAUCAUGACUAUUGCGUUCCUGGGCCCAGCACUUGGAGAACUUGUGGGCGGUUGGAUUGCCCAAUACAAGAACUGGCAAUGGUCGCUGUGGACUACAUUGUUCCUCGGUGCAGGUGUCUGGAUCUUUGCGCUAGGAGCACAGGAAACUUAUGCUGGCCCUGUGAUGCGUCGGAAGGCUAAAAGACUUGGCUUGCCCGUGCCGCCGGCUCCUAUCCCAGCUGGAUUGGCUGGGGUGCGUUUCUUGCUCACAGUCACGCUGGUGAGACCACUUUACAUGCUCAUUCGUGAACCUAUUGUGCUGCUUUGCUCUCUCUACUCUUCGCUAAACUUCUCUAUCCUCUUUUGCUUUUUGGCAUGUAUUCCGCUGAUCUACAGCACUACAUAUAACUUUACUCCUGGAGAAAUUGGGCUGGUUUUGAUUGGCAUUGCUGUGGGAUGUGCUCUUGGAGGUAUACUUCUGGUUUUCCUUGAUUCUUAUACUAUGAAACAACACCUCUUCAAGUACAAGAACGCUACACCACCACCGGAGCGAAUGUUGUGGGGUGCAAUGAUCGGGGGUCCUUUGAUGGCCUCUGCAUUGUUCUGGUUUGCGUGGACCGCCCGGCCAGGAAUCCAUUGGAUGAGUAGCAUUCUGGCAACAGGCCUGUUUGGUUUCUCAAACAUUCUAGUCUUCGUUUCGACAAUGCUUUACCUGACAAAUGUAUACGGUGCCAAGUACGGAGCAUCGGCACUGGCAGCCAACGGACUACUGCGAUAUCUCGUCGGUGGCUCUUUUCCUCUGUUCACACUCCCGAUGUAUAGAAACCUUGGCUACCCCUGGGCAUCGAGUUUGCUUGGAUUUCUGGCAGUUGCCUUCGCCUUUUUACCAUGGAUCUUCUACAUAUCUGGCAGCAAAGUCCGUCAAUCCAGUGCAUAUAUCCAAUGA